CCCGGCCGCACCGCUGCAGUCGCCGCCGCCGCCGCCGCCGCCGCGCCCGGACCCUGAUUCUCAGAAGAUGCACUAUUAUAGAUACUCCAACGCCGAGGUCAGCUGCUGGUACAAGUAUCUCCUUUUCAGCUACAACAUCGUCUUCUGGUUGGCUGGAGUUGUCUUCCUCGGUGUCGGACUAUGGGCGUGGAGCGAAAAGGGGGUGCUGUCCGACCUCACCAAAGUGACCCGGAUGCAUGGCAUUGACCCUGUGGUCCUGGUGCUGAUGGUGGGCGUGGUCAUGUUCACGCUGGGUUUCGCUGGCUGUGUGGGGGCCCUGCGGGAGAAUAUCUGCCUGCUCAACUUUUUCUGCAGUGCCAUUGUGCUCAUCUUUUUCCUGGAGCUGGCCGUGGCCGUGCUGGCCUUCCUGUUCCAGGACUGGGUGAGGGACCGGUUCCGGGAGUUCUUUGAGAGCAACAUCAGAUCCUACCGGGAUGACAUUGACCUGCAGAACCUCAUCGACUCCCUUCAGAAAGCUAACCAGUGCUGUGGGGCAUAUGGCCCUGAAGACUGGGACCUCAACGUCUACUUCAACUGCAGUGGCGCCAGCUACAGCCGCGAGAAGUGUGGGGUGCCCUUCUCCUGCUGUGUACCCGACCCCGCGCAAAAAGUUGUGAACACACAGUGUGGCUAUGAUGUCAGGACUCAGCUGAAGAGCAAAUGGGACGAGUCCAUCUUCACGAAAGGCUGCAUCCAGGCGCUGGAGGGGUGGCUUCCACGGAACAUCUACAUCGUGGCUGGCGUCUUCAUUGCCAUCUCACUCCUGCAGAUAUUUGGCAUCUUCCUGGCGAGGACCCUGAUCUCGGACAUUGAGGCAGUGAAGGCAGGCCACCACUUCUGAGGAGCCACAGGUGGGCGAGCAGAGCUGAGCCACGCCGUGGAGGCCGAAGCCCUUCACCGCCAUCAACUUCACGUCCAGAGGGAGAGAAACGGACGCACCCAGCCCGAGCCAGUACCCCGCCUUCAGCAUCCGCGUGACAUGAUCUCUCUGUUUCUGCUUGCUGGUGCUGGAGACCCAGGGGCCCCCUCUCACCUGCACAGACUUGUGACCAGCAGCCCCGCUGGGGUCUGCCUGGAGUCAGAGGAUAUGUCUUUAAGUGGGAGAGGUGACUCUGAGGGACAGACGGCUCUGGUGGCUGCACCCUGGCCUCCUCACCGCUCAUGUCACUGGUGCUGGCCUAGGGGGCAGCCACACCUUCUGUGGCCCUCUGAGUGCCAGGGCGGCCCGCAGUGUCUGCACAGGUCGGGGUGUUGGCAGGAUCCUCGGCCAUGUCAAGUGAAGUAAGCCUGAGCCAGUGCGUGGGGCUGGUGCCACGGGAGUGCCUCGUCCGUUGUCCACUGGCGCCCAGGGCGGGAACUGUCUCCAGCCUCAACAGCAUUAUGCCCUGAGGGCACGAGGGGGCAGUGGGCAUGGCUCUCCUGCGGAGUCAGCUCUCCUUUUCCUGAAGUGUGUAAAUAGUUUAUUUAUAGGGCAAGAAUGUUCUCACACCACGUCUUCAUUUCCUCUGGCAUUCUCCUCUCAACAGCCUUACGCGGCGUCUGGGACUGACGCCGUCCCUUUCAGUUCCCUUGAGUGUCCCACGAACCAACUCCAGCAGCUUCUCCGUAUCACCCCUAGUAACCCAGCUGCACAUACAUGCUCCCCCUUCGUCUGUGCACCCCCAACACGCAUACUCCCACUCCCCUCCCCACUUGGCCUCACUGUCUUCUGGUCUUGGUGCUACUGAAACUGUUACCUGGAACUUGAAUCCUGAUUCUGACCCUCCCCCACUGCAAGGCCAGGGAGCCCCAGCCAGAGAUGGCCAGCUGGACACCUUUGGCCAGGGCUCCUCUCCAGGCCACAUGCUAAGGGCCGGCUGGCCGGCCUGGCGUUCGCCUCUCCCUGGAAAGAGAAGCCCCGUAGGCAGGCCCCUGGGCCGAGCCACGGACCCCAGCCUGCAGCUGCGUAGAAGCUCAAGACGUUUCGUUGCUCACUUUCAUGGUGACCUUCUUCCACCCCCUGACGUGGAUAUCUGUGGUCACCGUGUCCACCCUUCCUGUCAGGGCUAUUGGGGGCUUGCUGUUGGAAAUGAAGACUGUCUUAUGUACUGAAUAACCCCCCGGGCGUAGCUGGGGCGUUCGUGCAUCUUUGGCUGGUCUACACUCUAACGCCUCUCUGGAUCUUGUACCAGUUCUGUCCUCAUCGUUCAGGGAUGGAGUGCCACCUUCACAUACUUGCCGAAGUGUACAUGCUAAUGUGGUAUAUACUGGUGGGUGUUUGUUGAUGAUGUUGGUUUUGUUUUGUUUUUUUACAAUUUUCUCUGUAGAGUAGGGGAAGAAGAAUGCUUGUGUUUUUAGGAAGUGUGAUGCUUCUCUUUGACUGCCAAACUCUUUUAUGGAAUAUAUCUUUAUAUUAA